GCAAGAGGUGACAGACAGAAAGGAAGACAACGGGACACCUCCCCUCUCACCAAGCUCCCAGCCAGCGCCUUUCCUUCCCCGCCUGCGUGUACCCCGGGUGUGUGCAGGGGCACGGGGCUCAGCCCUGGAGCCUCUGCAGGAUCCAGGAUGGCAGGGCAGCAGGCGCUGCUUCUAUUUGGAUUUCUGCUGCCUGGGCUCCUGUUCUCAGAGGCUGCCAAAAUCCUAACUGUGUCCCUGGUGGGUGGAAGCCAUUUUCUACUGAUGAAUCAGAUCGCUCAGAUUCUUCAAGAUCAUGGUCAUAAUGUCACCAUGCUUCUCCAAAGGGGAAAUUUAUUCCUACCAGGUUUUAAAGAGGAGGAGAAAUCAUACAAAGUUUUUAACUGGUUUCUGCCUGAAGACUGUAAUGAAGAAUUUCAGAGGUCUUUUCAUUCCUUUAUGGAGAAAACUUUUGUGGGCAGAUGCAGAUUUGAACACUUUUUAAAUAUUAUGGAACUACUAGGGCAUCACUGCAGUCAUUUGCUAAGGAGAAAUGAUGUCAUGAAUUCUUUAAAGAAUGAGAACUUUGACCUGGUGAUAGUGGAAAUGUUUGACUACUGUCCUUUCUUGGUUGCUGAGAAGCUUGGGAAGCCAUUUGUGGCCGUUCUCCCUUCCCUAUUGGGCACUGUGGACUUUGGACUACCAAGUCCUCUGUCUUAUGUGCCAGUAUUCUAUUCCUUGUUAACUGACCAGAUGGACUUCUGGGACCGAGUAAAGAAUUUCCUGAUGUUUUUUGAGUUCUUCAAGAAGCAGUGGAAAAUCCAGUCUGUGUAUGAUGACACCAUCAAGGAGCAUUUCCCGGACGACUCUAGGCCAGUUUUGUCUCAUCUUCUAACAAAAGCAGAGCUGUGGUUUGUUAACUCCGACUUUGCCUUUGAUUUCGCUCCGCCCCUGCUUCCCAACACUGUGUGUAUUGGAGGUUUAAUGUCCAAACCUGUUAAACCAGUACCACAAGAAUUUGAGAACUUCAUCACCAAAUUUGGAGACUCUGGUUUUGUCCUUGUAAGCCUGGGGUCCAUGGUGAGUUUCAUUCAGUCCCAGGAGAUUCUCAAAGAGAUGAAUGCUGCCUUUGCUCGUCUCCCUCAAGGGGUGAUAUGGAAGUGUAAUCCUUCUCAUUGGCCCAAAGACAUCAAAUUGGCCCCAAAUGUGAAGAUUGUGCACUGGCUUCCUCAGAAUGACCUUCUGGGGCACCCUCGCAUCCGCCUCUUUGUCAGCCACGGCGGGAUGAAUAGUAUCAUGGAGGCCAUCCAACAUGGCGUGCCCAUGGUGGGGAUUCCCCUCUUUGGAGACCAACAUGAAAACCUGCUCCGUGUUAAAGCCAAAAAUUUCGGUGUGUCUAUCCAAUUAAAGCAGAUCAAGGCUGAGACACUGGCUCUGAAGAUGAAGCAAGUCAUAGAGGACAAGAGGUACAAAUCUGCCGCAGAGGCCGCCAGCAUCAUCAGACGCUCGCAGCCCCUGACCCCUACCCAGCGGCUGGUGGGCUGGAUCGACCACAUCCUCCAGACAGGGGGUGCAGCCCACCUCAAGCCCCAUGCCUUCCAGCAGCCGUGAAGAAAUGGACACCUUUCACCCACUCCCAUUCUUCCCAUGGUGCAUUGCCUGGGGGUGGAAAAGUAGAGGUGACUGAGCCAGAAAGUCCUUGUAACUCAGAUGAUUUGUAAUUCUUUGUUUUAACAAAAUCCAAAGAUGAAUUGUGAUUUUUUUCAGCUGACAGACCUUUAAAGACAGUAAAUUUUGAUAAUGGAUUGGUGUGAGAAUGGCAUAUUUAUGUAGCACAUUAUUCUGAAGUCAUUCAAAGAAUGGAGGGACACCAUUUUCAAGACAGUUCAUAACAAAACUCUUAGUGCUCCUGUUAUUUAUGCAAAUAGUUUUUCAGUGUUUGCAUAACUAACCUCUAGAAGUAGGUAACAUUGAUUUUUAAAUACAUGAAUUAAAUUUUUAAAAGUUGAAAAAACAGCCCCUUUCUCAUUGUAAGAUAUGUUUCCAAUAAAAUUUUAUGUUUUGUUAGGUGAUUAUGUAGCUUUGACCAAGUGAAUGCAAGUAUUAAAACAAAGUGAUAAUUUAUUAAAAAUAUUGGGCUCUUGUAGGAACUAUAAAUAUUAACUUGAAUAAUAUUUAUGAUGUUCAAAGUUAUGAGUGAAUACUCAAUACAGUGCUUUCAUGCAUAAAGAUACAUAGAUUAGAAUUAAAUUCUCUGGAGAAAGUGGAACAUAAAUAAAAACUCAAGAGGAAAAUAGAAUGACAUAAAAUUUCCCAUUGAAAGUUGACAGCUCAUUAUCUAUAUUAAGAAUGAAUGAUGGUAUCAAUGCUGACAUGCUGAGAUUUUAUAACUCACUGCAUACAUUUAACAGAAUGAUGCAACUGUUUAUUGUUAAAUGAUACAAUUGCAGUAACUAGAAAUGACAUCCUAUUCAGUUAUUUAAAUAGACAUUCUAGAUGUCAAUUAAAAAUGUGUUCUUACAAAGUAUAUAUAUAGUUGAGAAGAUCACUUUUUUUUUUUUUGCCAUUCGCUUUCACAAAAAGAGGACUGUUUUUCCUUCAUGAGAAGUAGAUGGAAAAAAAAAAAAAGAAGUAGAUGGGAGGGAAGCAGGCAACUGAUGGCGAUGGUUCCAUAGCUCUACAAUGUCAGGAAGAACAUGUUUAUAAUUCCCCCUCAUGGUUUCAAGAUGGCUGCCGAGCUCCAAAUAUCAUGUCCAUGUCCCAAGGAGGACAAAAACAGAGAAGGGGCAAUAUGAGCUAGUAAGCAUUUUCACAGAAUUACCUUCCCUCCGCCUCUCACCAAGAGGCUUCUUUCCUCUUGCCUAGAAUCUUGUCACUGAGCCAGUCAAGACUGUAAGAGAAGCUGUGAAAACUUUCUGCACUGGCAGCUGGUGAGGAUUAAGAGCUAUAAGUGGGUGAUGGGUUAAACAACCUGUAGUGUUUGAUGCAAAUGGCAAAGGGCCAAAAAACUCUCCACAAUGCUUGACUCAUAGAAGAUAAAUUUUCUGUGUUUUGAAAUUUUAUCCUGGUAUGUACUUAUAGCGUUGACUAAAACAGAUUCACAAUGUGAGAGUUGCGAGUUAAGUUUUAGAAAAAUGACAACUGUGGCCUGGGAGACAGCACCGCAGAUAGCUCUGAGAGACUGUCCCAAAGAGGCAGUGGAGGAAGGUCAAUAUAUAAGACUUUGGUGAAGGAGAAGUUCAAUGCAACUAAGCACUUAGUUUACAAAAAGUUUUCUGCUAGUCACGAGGAGCUCAUGUCACCAUGAAGGGAUUUAGUGCUUUUCUAGGUAGGAAAAGAUGUAAGGAUUGGGGUCAUAAAAUCAGUUCCUGAAAAUAUCUGACUAUCAAAUCAUCAGACAAUCUUGGCACAAUGAAAAGAAUAACUUUUGUCUCUUGGUUACCAUCUCUGACUGGGACUGAGGAGACAUCUGGCUCCGAGUUGACCUCAAUGACUUUCUCAGUGUGAUGGCAUUAACUGGUCCCCGGUUGCACUGGGAUUAUGGAAACUAGGGAAUUAUGGAAAUCAACUACUUAGAACACUUCCUAAGGCCAAUUAUUAACCGGAUAUCUCUUUCUUUCUUUUUCAAAAAGUUUAUUGGCUGCUCUGGGUCUUCAUAGCUGUGUGUGGGCUUUCUUUAGAGUUGCAGAGA